AAAAUGGUUGUUAUUAUACACUGUUAACAUUAAUAAUGUUAAUAAUGGUGUAUCAGAGAGAGGGUCUGGGUGGUCUUCUGGGUAAGAAACGGUUGUCUGUGCCUUCAGUCAAGGGUGGAUGUUGUUGUUAUUAACUGGAGUUUUUGAAUCCUAUCCAUCAUCUGAUCAGAAAUCGGCUCUCGAGAGACAGUUAGAGGAGGAGCAGCGGCAUCUUCACGCUGAAGCUGUGCAUCAGAAGCUCCUGCAGGACGAGGAGACGCGGAUCAGAGCCGCACAGACAGAUGCUGCACAAGAUCCUGGAGAUCAGACGGAGUCAGAGACCGUGAAAGAGCUCACAGAUCUGCAGAAUGAGGCUGGCGCAGAAGAUCAGCAGGACUCCGGCGAAGCUGCUGCAGGUGAGGAACAACCCUCUGAGACCCUGAACACAGACCAAUCACAGUCUCAGGACACGCAGGAAAAUGAUGAAGCAGACGUCCCAUCUGAAGAGAACGAGCCUGGACCAGAGAAGACAGGAGAAGACUCUGAUGAGAGACAGACAGAAACUGAGGACAAAGAAUCAGACAGACCAGAGACUGAAGACGCGUCAGACGCAGCCGAGAGACAGCAGGAGGAAGAGGAUGGAGCCUAAACACCAACAUGAUGUGUGCUUCACGUUCAUCUUUGCUACUACUCACUUAAAUCUCAUGCAUACUGAUAUUAAAUUAUAUUAAUGUUUA